CGAAGCAACAGUGGAACCAGUUUACAUGUCCUGUUCACAGUGGCGCUGCGAUACGGGAUUUAUAUGCACCUACAUUUCAUAGAUAACAGUGAUAAACUACUUUAUAUCUUCUCUAUUUACUUUACGAGAAGCAUGAAAUCCAUUUCAUAGAAAAAACAUCAAAAGGCCACAAUUCUCGGUCACUUGAGAUCGUUUUGACGAGAGGAUUGUCUAUCGCGCGAAUGCAAAGAUGAAUUCGAGUAAGAAGCGACAUUUGAUGGAAGAAGAUAACGAAAAUAACGUCAAUAUAUCCAACACAACUGGUAAAAAAGCAGUAAAGAAAGAUUUGGGAUACGUAGAAGGAUCCAUCGUGCGCAUCAAAUUAGAAAAUAUAUUGACUUAUGACUCUGUUGAAUUCAACACUGGGCCUUUCUUGAAUGUUAUCAUUGGCCCCAAUGGUACUGGGAAGUCAACUAUUGUGUGUGCAAUAUGCCUUGGUCUAGCUGGGAAGACGGCAUGGCUAGGCAGAGCCAGUCAGCCAGCAGACUUCAUCAAGUAUGGACAUGAAAGAGGAAAGAUAGAGCUUGAAUUGUACAAUCCCAAGGGUGAAAACCAUAUCAUCCAGCGAGAGAUUCACAAGGAUAAGUCACUAUGGACAGUGAACGGGCGCAAAGCUAACAUAAAGAGUGUGGAGCUCAUGGUCAGUAACCUGAACAUCCAGGUAGGCAACCUGUGCCAGUUCCUUCCACAGGACCGUGUUGCAGAGUUUGCAAAAAUGACACAGCAGGAGCUGCUUGAGAAUACUCAGAAAGCUGUAAGUGAAGACCUGUAUGACCUCCACCAGAAGCUGAAGGAGGCUAGGAAGGAUAGUCGACAGAUGGAGCAGAGCUGUGACAGUGUUGAAGGGCGCCUUCAGCAGGAGCAGCAAAAAAACUCACGACUUGAACAGGAUGUGAAAAAUUUUGAAGAACGUCAAAUCCACCUGGAGAAAGUCAGAGUUUUGAAAAUGAAAAGACCUUGGGUGGAAUAUGAGGAAAAGAGAAAGCAGUAUUUAGAAGAGAAGAAACUGCGAGACGAGAAGGAAGAAGAAGUAAAGCAGGCAAGAUCUCAGCAUGAACCGCUCAAAGAGAAAAUGGAGACAGCCAAGAGGGCAAAAGAUGACUUUGAUGCACAAAUGAAGAAAAAGUCGACUUCUAUCAAAGAUUGUGCGAACAAAGUGCGGGAUAGCAGUCAACAAUUGGAAUCACUCACUGACAAGAUUGCAGAUGUUCAGAAAGACCUUGACUACAAACAACAGGAAGAGGACUCUCGCAAAAGAAAAUCUGUAGAUAUGAGAAACCAACUUCAAGCAAUGGAGAGUGAACUGGCACAAGUGGAUGCUGUCCAUGAUCAUCAGCAAGAAGCUGAAAAGCUUGCUCAGGAAAUGAGGGGCGUAAACCGAGAGAUGACCCAGGUGCAGCAUUCAGGCAAUACUAUCCGCAUGGAAGUUGACAACUUACGCAGAGAAAUACAAGGCAGUCAACAGGAGCUGAAUCAGAUACAAGACAUAAGUAGGCGGCGGCUAGAGACACUUCGGCAGAGACACAGACAUACAUAUGAUGCUGUGAUGUGGCUAAGGGAGAACAAGAAUCGAUUUUGCAAGAAGAUAUAUGAACCUAUGAUAUUAUGUCUUAACAUGAAAAAUGCUGCCGAUGCAAGAUAUGUUGAAAAUCACAUCAGUUUCAAUGACAUGAGAGCCUUUGUGUGUGAAGAUCCUAAUGAUUUGGAGCUAUUCAUGUCAACUAUGAGAGACGAACAAAGGUUGAAAGUAAAUGUGGUCAAGAUGCCAGUAGAAGCAGUGGAAUCAUUCCGCCCUCCCCAGCCACUAGCUGCAUACAGCAAAUACGGAUUUUCCAGUUUCCUGAAAGAUCUGUUUGACUGUCCCGAUGCAGUGAUGCGGUUUUUGUGUAUGCAGUACCAGGUGCAUAAAAUUGUUGUAGGAGAUGACCGGGUCAAGUCCAAUGUUAACCAAGUCAUCCAGAAAAACCCUGAGCUUCAUGUUUUCUACACCAGAGAUACCCAAUAUACAAUUAAGAGGUCUCGAUAUGGAAACAAAGAGAUAUCAGCUAGAAACACCAAACUAAGAGACCCUGUAUUUCUGGCUGUGUCAAUGGAUGUUCAGAGACAGAGUGAGUUGAAGAAACAGAUACAGAUAUGUCAGCAGAAGUUGCAAAGUUUGGAGGAACAGUAUAACUGUCUCCAGAGCAAGUCAAGAGACUUGGAAACUCAUAUGAACAAGCUGAGGGAAGUCAAGAAAGAUGUAAAUAAGAGAAAAGACCAAAAGAAGCGCCUGCAGUAUCAGAUUACUGCGAAGAAAGAAAGCAUUCAACGGAUUGAAGCUGAGACAAUUGACAUGGAUGAUGAAGCAGAGAAAGCCAGGAAAAUGAUUCAAGAAAUAGCUUUCCAGAAGUGUGGUCUCCUCAGACAAUUAUGCAUCAAUACCAGGAAAUGCUUUGAACUGAGUCAAGAAAAGGUACGACUGAGUCUGCAGCAUUCUGGGGCAAUUUACGAGUAUACAAGUUUUGAAGCAGAGCUGAGAGACCAGAGCCAGUCAUUACAGGGAAUUGAGAGACAUCUGCAGGAGCUGAAGGAAGGAUUGAAGCGAACACGAGCAAUAGCGAAGACAUUGUUAGACAGAGCCAAAGUUGCAACAGGCACAGGUCCAAAUGAAGAGUUGUCUCCUGAUUUAAAGAAGGCAUUUGAACAGUGUCCUUCUCAUCUGGAGGAAAUAGAUGCGCAGAUACAUGAGCAACAGGCACGGGCAGAUUGCACAUUCCAGGUUGAUGAGAGGGUUGUGAGGGAGUUCCAGCAGCGCAAGAAAGAGAUACAUCGCCUACAAAGUGAUCUUGAGAAACGGACAAGAGAACGAGAUAACCACCACCAAGAAAUCGAGGAGGCUAAGCGAAACUGGCUGGAGCCUCUCAAACAACUAAUUUACCGCAUAAAUGACAACUUUGGUUAUUUCUUCACAUGUAUGAAGUGUACUGGUGAAGUUGAUAUCAAUGUUCCAGAAAAUCCAGAGGACUAUGAAAAAUAUGGAGUCAGAAUAAAAGUGAAAUAUCGUGAUGGUGAACCACUGAGAGAGUUGACCCCCCAUCAUCAGAGUGGAGGUGAAAGGAGCGUGGCUACUGUUCUUUAUAUGAUGGCGCUACAAGAACUGGCCAAAUCUCCGUUCAGAUGUGUUGAUGAAAUCAAUCAGGGUAUGGAUCCGAUCAACGAGAGGAAAGUGUUUGAGCUGGUUGUUCAGACUGUUUGUAAAAAGUCCACCUCACAGUAUUUUCUGCUGACACCCAAACUGCUGCCAGACCUUGAGUAUGCAGACAAUAUGACCAUCCUUGGAAUCUACAGUGGCCCUCACAUGAUGAACCACACAGAAUGGAAUGUCCGCAAAUUCCUUCGGAGACGGGAAAAACUAUCAGAAAGAGUUGUUUGAAAAGAAUCCCUGAUAUUUUAUUUGGUAUUGUAUUUGGUGCCAUGGUAUGAUUGCAUCCAGGCUUGUAAUACAAAGGAAAAUACCUUUGAUUGAACUAAUUAUCAAUAUUACAGAUCUUCAUAAUAUUAUUUUUGUGUUUGACUGUUUUUAUGUAUUGCACUUUUGACAUCUCUGAAACUACAAAAACUGUAAAGCUGAAACUUUGCAUCAAUGAGCCAUUGAAAGUGUCGCUAAAUCAAUAUGAACAUUUUUAUUUUUGUUCAUUACUGCAUCAUUUCUACAUGUUUAUUAUGUUUAAUUUUAAUUUAGAAAUUGGUACUCAGGCAAUGGCUUUUGAAAAAAUAGUGUGGGCCGUUGACCAAAUAAACAGUUGUGUACAAUCAACCUCAGAAAGGGACACUCUACAACAAUGUAUUCCUUGAUGAGUUAAAUAGUAACACAUAUAUAUCCUAGUCCAAUUUGAAGAAGUUAGUGUUCAGGCAGAAAGACCAAGCUUUUGAUUUUUUAACUUUUCCUGCAUUUCUCAUUAAUGCAGUUACUGCUUGUUCUUGACAGAGAGGUGUGAGGUCUUGCUGAAGAAGAAGUUGUUCCAGCUGGUUGAGUGGCUGACCCUAUCACACAGCUCCCAUGGGAGUAUGGAAGGGGUGACGUCACUGAUCAGCACAUUACUGCUGUCACCUCAUAGAGAGUUUCAUCUCUAAUCCAUUUGAAUCCUUUGUGUGUUUUGCAACACUUAUAAUACAUUGUGAUUGUUAUUGUGCUUAUGGUUUGUGUCUUCACAUCUUUCCAUGAUUUAUGCCAUAGCAUUAAUAUUUGAUGCCUGGUGGUUGUUUUUACCACAGUAAAAUAUCAGGUAUAUUGUUGUUCCAAUUAGCCAUUUUGAAUUCAUUUCGUGAUCACGUUUUUUGUAUCAUGUGUUCUGUAUUCUUUGUAUUGCUUGGUACUUCAAUUCAUUGUCAUACCCUUGCGAUGUUAUUGUUAUUAAAGUGGUGGUGUUUCCCAUUCUUUGUGUAAACUUAGUCUUCAUAGAACCACAUGGCUGGGAUAAAUGAUUUUGGCAUACAUAAUCGGGGGUGAACGCAUUUUGAUUACACUCUGCUAUCAUUGCAGAUACAUUCAUUAGUCGCUAUCCUCCUCCCGGAUCAACUCAAACCACAUUUCAAAUGGUGGACGGUGGAGUCGAAUGUCUUAGACAGUGUCUCCUUGAUGCAACAUCCUUGCGCCUUCCCCCUCCAGAUCAGACAAGGUACCUCCCUCAGAGUGGAAUACCUAUCUGGACACAUUUGGUCUUGUCUGUCAAUACCUCAGCUACCCCAACAUCAACCUGUUUGCCACCUGAACUUCCAGGUCCAGACAUGGUGCCCGAUCCACAAGCCUGAUUAGUUAACACCCUGAGCAUCCCCGGGUCAUGACUAAAGCGUACAUCUUCUCUCCUGGUCCAUCUAAAAAGAGCUUUAAGCACCAAGGGUCACACUGCAAGGGCAGCAAAGGCAAUCACCUAGGCGCACAGGCCUUCUACCAGGGGCCGACGAUUGGCGCUCCUUCGAGAGUUUCUGCAAGGAGAAACACCAGGAUCCCACCUCUGUGUCACCCCAAUUCUUAGCUGAAUUAUGUCUCCCCCAGAAUGGAGGGAGACAUAUUGUUUUUGGCACGGUUCCCAUCGGCGUCGGCGUCGGCGUUCCCACCAUUUCCGGACCAUAACUCAGAAACCGUUUGAUAUUUUUUCGCGAA